GAACUGAAGUACUGAACUUGUCAGUAGUCACGAACGAACGCUGCAGUGAAAAGGAUCAAGUGCUUGAAGACUAUUUGAAUAAAAGAUUAAAGCAAUACUUAGGAAAAAUCAGUGAAGUUUCAGUGAAGUAUCAAAACAUUGUGCAACAGACAAACAGAAUGGUGCAGACCGACAACAAAACUCCCACCUAUUGUGUGAUCGGCGCUGGGACGGCCGGUUUGUGUGCGGCACGGCAUGCACUGCAGGCGGGCGGCCGAGUGACCAUAUUCGAGAUGGCCAACCAGCUCGGCGGCACUUGGGUGUUCAACGAAGAGGUGGACAAGAAUGAGUACGGCAUCGACGUGCACUCGAGCAUGUACAAGGGCCUGCGAACGAACUUACCGAAGGAAAUUAUGGGCUAUCCGGAUUUUCCCAUCCCGGAACAGGAUAGUAGCUAUAUUCCGGCGGAAGAUAUGCUCAAAUUUUUCCAGCUGUUCUCCGACAGCUUUGGUAUUACGCAGCACAUCAAGUUUAGUCACUAUGUCAUUCGCAUCAAACCAACGAAAGAUGAAAAGCAAUGGGAGGUGAUUGUGAGAGAUUGCCCCAAUGAUCGGUUGGACACUUACUACUUCGACUUUGUGCUCAUCUGUAACGGUCACUAUCAUACGCCCAAAUUACCCAACUAUCCUGGAGCGAAUGUUUAUGAAGGAAAACAGAUGCACAGUCAUGAGUAUAGAUGUAAUGAUCCGUUUGUUGGUGAAUCCGUACUGGUGAUCGGCGCGGGUCCAUCCGGAAUGGAUUUGGCAUACGAGAUUUCCAAGAAAGCGGACCGUGUCACAUUGAGCCACCAUCUGAAAGAUAAACCGAAAACGGUUUUCUCCAAAAAUGUCACACCGAAGCCGGACGUCGUUCGGUUGACAGAAACGGGUGCUAUUUUCGAGGACGGCACCGCGCAGGAUUUCAGCGUCAUAUGUUACAGCACCGGGUACAAGUACACGUUUCCCUUCCUGAGCUGCGACUGUGGAAUCAUCGUGGAGGACAACUACGUGCAGAAGCUGUACAAACACUGCAUCAACAUUCGGUAUCCGUCGAUGGCUUUUAUCGGUUUGCCGUAUUACGUUUGUGCCGCACAAAUGAUGGACCUUCAGGCUCGAUUUUGUAUCAAAUUUUUCAGCGGAGCAAAGUGUUUACCUUCUCGGGAAGAGAUGGAAGAGGAUACGAACGCCGAGAUGGAGGAACGCUGGCGUCGCGGAUUGAAAAAACGCCAGGCGCACAUGAUGGGACCACAGGAGGAUCGGUACUACGAUGAUCUGGCCCGGACGGCCGAAGUGGAACCCAUCAAGCCCGUCGUGAAGAAGCUGCACAAGCUGUGCGCUUUUCGGUUUAGUGAAGAUUUGGUCAAUUUCCGGAAAGAUAAAUUUAGAAUAGUAGAUGAUAAGACAUAUGUGAAGAUUAAUUAAUAGAGUCUAGGUUAGAUUUGAAAAUGGAAUAAUAGAAAUGAUAAUAGGUUAAAUAAAGUAUGAAGCCGGUUGAAAUUUA